AUGGUUGAAGUAACACGCAAACCCCCAAGCGCUCUUGUAGAGGAAGAUCCUUCGCAAACCUCGAUACGCACCAAAUUCCACCUUAUCUCAGGUCGUCCAUCAUCAAACGACUAUCUGGCCGCACUGCGUCGAACAGCCGCUUCCAAACGCUCGUUGCUGAAAAUGUGCACUCCCAGGGGCAACAACCAAGGUCCGGACGAUGCUGAAAAAGGCCUAAACUCACCGAUUGAUGGGGAUCCGAAGCGCUCAAAAGCGGAGCAGCUUGUCGAGCAGAAUGCUACUGAGUCCGGUCUUCCUCAGAUAUCAAAAAACCCUGUCAAAUCUAGUUCUGACGGGCUUCCCAGACAGGUUUCACAGCCUAGAAUUAGAAAUCAGUCAGCUCCACUACUUUUGGGAUCCCUUGAAGACUGUGCCACUAAAUCCCCAGUCUUCCCCGAGAUAAUUUGUGAUUUAUCGCGGAUACCUAAAAACCGUCUGCAGAAGUUACUGAAGAAAGAACCUAACUACCAUCCCAACAAUGCAUUCCUUUACUACGUUGAUCCGGUUGCAGAGGACAAGGUAGACGCCACUCUUCGGAACGAGGCUGUUCAUAGUUUGCGCUUUAUGCAUAAUGCAUUCUUCACACUCUCUGCUGAAGCAUUUUGCAAAGCAGUUAAUUUGAUCGAUCGUUUCAUCGUUAAAGUUAAGGUUAAACCAAAGUACAUGUCGUGUGUUGCUUCAGCAGCUUACUAUGUCGCGGCGAAACUCGUGGAAUCCACACCAGAUUUUGGAGUACCUAGUCCAGAUGCACUUGUACGAAUCUCCCAUUGCGGUGGAACUGCCGCCGAUUUACUUCGAAUGGAGGAUAUCCUUAAAGCGAAACUAGGCGGAGAUCUAGACGGCGUAAACGCGUUUGAUUUCCUUCGUCUGUUUGCCUCUACUGCAAUAGUUCUGCCCGAGAGCACCAGGUCGACCACUUCCAAUGGACUUGAUCUAGACCUCAAAGCCGCAGAUGUGGACGGCGUUCCUCCAAUGGAUGCGGAAGGCAUCCAGGGUCAACCCCUUCUUCCUCCACAGUCGCUGCCUGAGUCAAGUAGUGUCAAAAAAAUUACUAUCACAAAAAUUUCUCAGAGUCGCAGAAAUUAUGACAUUUGGAGUGCUAUGACAAGUCGACUUGUUGUCGCCCUCUGCUCUCUGGAGAUCUAUCGUUUCCGGCCCGUCACGGUGGCAUUGGCAGUACUGCAGCACUUCUGUGUCACCGAAGUCGCUGAUUUGGCGCGUCUCUGCGAUGUUCAGAUGAACGACGUUCAUCAAUGCUCAGCGUUGGUUGAGGAACUGUACAAUGUUUUCUACCGUGACUCCCAUCCAAUUAGUCGCAAAGCACUUGUCUGGACCUUAUCCAAGCGUACACUCCUCCGCAUCGGCUGCUCCAGUCCAACGACCUUGGAUACGAUCUCAGAGGAUUGUGAAACCGAUAAAGAAGACAACCUGCAGUUCCUCUUCGAACCGUAG